ACUCUACUGAAUUUCUCCCCUUUUCCCUCUUCCUCCUUCUCUCCCUCCUUGAACUAUUUCCUCGAUUCCGAAUUUUUUCCUGGUGGAAGAGCUCGUCUUGUCGUGCUCAUUGUAUAGUCUCUGGAUACGAUUUGCCUCCGUCAUAAGCUCGAUCAUUGUUGUUCUUGGCACGAAAAGUCAACACUUUCCUCAACCAAGACUCCUCCGAACGAAUACAACAGCGAGUAAUCCUUGCUUUUCUCCGAAUCUGUGAUCUAUCAAUCAAAUCGGACAACCAGGAGAAAGAAAUAAAACAAAAGGAAAAAAAGGGAGAAUCAGCAGCCAUGGCCGAAAAACCCCAAAACUUCGACCCAAAAUAUGACGACUACGAUUUCCCAACAACCUCACCCGAAGCACGAUCCGGUCACCCCGGCCACACCACUGAGGAACAAGAUGCAAAGAUCUUCCAGCUCCGUGCUUUGUUGGAACAAGAGGGUUAUACGGAGCGUUUGGAUACGUUGACUCUGUUACGGUUCUUGCGCGCGAGGAAGUUUAAUGUUGAGGCUGCCAAGGCUAUGUUCGUCGAGUGUGAGAAAUGGAGAAAGGAGUUUGGCACGGACGAGCUCGUGCGAACUUUUGAUUACACGGAGAAGCCUCAGGUGUUUGCGUAUUAUCCGCAAUAUUACCACAAGACUGAUAAGGACGGCCGACCUGUCUACAUUGAAAAACUCGGCAAAAUCGAUCUCAACGCCAUGUACAAGAUCACCACCGCCGAACGAAUGCUCCAAAACCUCGUAUGCGAGUACGAGAAACUGGCCGAUCCCCGUCUACCGGCCUGCUCCCGUCAAGCAGGCAAAUUACUCGAAACCUGCUGCACCAUCAUGGACCUCAAGGGAGUCGGAAUCACCAGCGUCCCCUCUGUGUAUGGAUACGUCCGUCAAGCCUCCGCCAUUUCGCAAAACUAUUACCCUGAACGAUUGGGAAAAUUGUACUUGAUCAACGCUCCCUGGGGAUUCAGUAGCGUCUUCAGCGCAGUCAAGGGAUUCCUUGACCCGGUUACGGUCGAUAAGAUCAAGGUGUUGGGAUCGAACUAUCAGUCUGAAUUGUUUGCGCAGGUGCCCAAGGAGAAUUUGCCAAAGGAGUUUGGUGGUACUUGUGAAUGUGAGGGAGGCUGUGAGUUGAGCGAUGCUGGCCCAUGGCAGGAUCCCCAGUGGACUCGUCCUCCUAAGUGGGCUGCUCCUGCUGCUACUGGUGAAGCUGCUGCGCCUGCCGGAGAGACGACCGGUGCUUAAAUAUAGAGAUCGACUAUUAAAUAAUGACAUUGAAUUGUUUGUUAUCCUUCAUAUACUGGACUCAGACUGAUAUCUGAUUGCCAACAUACACGCCAGUUUGUGCUUGUGCAUGUACAUCUCUCAUCUUUCUUUUUUGGGUAUCCCUUUGGGUGAAUUAGGCGAG